AUGCUUUCAGAAAAACAACCACUACGCCAGCGAAGAAGAUCUUCUUUCCUGAUCCUUAGCAUUAUUGCCCACGUGGCCCUCUCAGUGGCACUAUUUAUCUCCAUCUACACCUUCUGGCCCAGUCGGCACAGCCCGGAACCAGACCAGCUACAUCAACUAGAAGAAGCUCCAAGUUUGGAGAGGUCAACGCUGUUUCAGCUCAAGCACGUUUUCCACCACGGCACAGGGAAAUAUAACCGUGUUCAUAAGCGUUUGGACGUGACGCCUGAGUUCUUGGAGAGACACGAGAAUACGUUAGCUGAGCUUACAGAGAGCUUAUACGCUGAGAACGAGCCAGUGGAUCCUAACAAUGCUGAUUCAGUACUUCGUUCAGAAGGAUGGUCUCGUGCUUUGGGUGAUAAAGACCCUUGGACCAUGGACUUGACGAUUAGACCGUCACUGAAGCCUGCUAGGCUUAGAAGACUCAAGGAACGCCACACGCCCCAUUUCCUAGACUCGUACCUUCAGUAUGCCAUGGAGGUCAAGGGGGACCCAAAGAAACUCGACAGAAUCGGAUUGGAAUGGGAACCUGAGCAGGACGUGUUGUUGCCAGACAUCCAGGAUAAAGACUCUGUGGUGGCGCUCGCUCUCAUAUCUUCAAAUGCAUAUGUUAAGUUACCUUUGGACGAUGAUGAGAAGAAGAAGCUGGACUGGAUUGAUGUUGGCGACCCUUGGGACGUUGACGAGGAAAAUCCAGAUGUCAAUUUUGGCUGGCUCGACGAUGGUCUUCGAGGACAUGUCUUCGUGAGUAACGAUUCCAAAACCGUGGUCAUUGGUAUUAAAGGCACCUCAGGAGCAGGUCUCCCAGGUGGAGGCUCUGAUGAAACUUCAGGUAACGACAAGACUAACGAUAAUCUCUUGUUCCUGUGCUGUUGUGCCAGAGUUGGUUACAUGUGGACUACGGUUUGCGACUGUUACGAAAAGACGUAUACUUGUAACCAGGACUGUCUUGAGAAGGAGCUUCUUCGUCAGGAUAGAUACUACCAGGCUGCGUUAGACUUGUAUCGAAACGUGACGAAGAUUUACGACCCAGAGACCACUGACAUUUGGGUUACCGGCCAUUCCCUAGGCGGUGCACUCGCAUCCCUCUUGGGUAGGACAUACGGGCUACCAGUAGUUGCAUUCGAGGCACCAGGAGAAAUGUUGGCCACAAAGCGGCUUCACCUUCCUCAGGCGCCAGGCAUUCCAAAGCAUAUGGAGCAUAUUUGGCAUUUUGGUAACACAGCGGACCCAAUCUUCAUGGGCGUGUGCAAUGGUGCGUCGUCGUCGUGCUCAGUUGGAGGAUACGCCAUGGAAACAGCUUGCCAUACGGGAAAGCUUUGUGUUUACGAUGUGGUGACAGACCAUGGCUGGCACGUCAGUUUGUUAAACCACCGUAUCCAUACAGUGAUUGACGAAAUCAUUCUCAAAUACAACACUACGGCUACUUGUGUGGAUCAACCACCUUGCAGAGACUGUUUCAAUUGGCGGUUCGUUAGCAAAGACGAUCUUGAGCCCGAUGAGCCUAAGCUUCCUCACCCGCUUAAGCCUAAGCCUAAGCCUACCGAAACUUCCAGUAGUGCGUCUACAAGCACGUCAUCGUCGUUGCCGUCAGAAAGCGACAAGCCGAAGAAGUGUCUAGAAAGGACGUGGUACGGAUGGUGCAAGAAAUGGGAGGGAGAAGAGUAG